UGUCUCAGCUCUGAGGUGUGUGCUUGGAACUCCUUCCUUUUGUUUAGUCAUUUUCUGAGGAUAUAAACAAGCUUUCGUGAAUGAUUUUACUGUUAUUCAAAGAUAAACAUGCAAGGAACUAUUUUAUGGACUGUCUCUCUCUGGCUGGGUUUGGUUGGUGCCAUACCAAUCGUAUUAAAGCUGAAAUCGGUUCACGAUUUCGACCCAAGAUAUCCUGAAGAAGUUCCUGGAAUGUUCCAAGGUGACAUUGAUCUUGAAGGCCGCAACAUUUUCUCCCGCAAUGCGAUUGGCUCAGCCAAGAAGAAGUGGCCCAGCAGAACAAUUCCCUUCAAAAUCCAUUCCUAUUUCAGUAAAUACGACAAAGAAGAGUUUGUGGCUGCCAUGAAUCACAUUGAACAGAUGUCGAGCCUGAACGGCAAGAACUGCAUUACGUUCGUCAACUGGACAAAUGAAGAUGCUUACAUGUUUUUUGCCACCGGAAAAGGAUGCCAUAGUCCUGUUGGAUUCAAAGACAAAAGCCAAGGCGUAUCUCUUGGAUUUGGUUGUCGAGACAUGGGCACAGUUGUACAUGAAACAUUGCACAAUUUGGGAUUCUACCAUGAACAGAGUCGGCCGGAUAGAGACUCGUACAUCAAAUUAAACAUGACGAAUGUCCAGAAAGGUCAUGAAAAAAAUUUCUUGAAAAUGUAUCCACCCUUAAUUGACACUCAGAACCUGCCAUACGACUACCAUUCCAUCAUGCAUUACGGGCCUUACGCUUUCGCAAUCGACCGAGCCAUUCCAACAAUUAUUCCUCUGAAAAAGAAUGCAGUUAUUGGUCAACGUAGUGGCAUGAGUCAGUUGGACAUCAUCCAGCUUCAAAGACUCUAUAAAUGUCCAGAACGGGAAUACGUCCAUAUCCAAGAUGCCCACAUAGUGAGUCCCAACUGUACGUUUGACGGAGGAUUCUGUGGCUGGCAAAAUGUCUCCAUGGAUCCUUCAAUAAAGAAUAACACAUGGCUCCGUCAAAAUGCCGACACUCUAAGUUUACGCACAGGGCCAUUGAUGGAUCAUACAAUUGGUGCUGUUGAUGGUUAUUACCUUUAUACGGAAGCUUCAUCAAAUGCCCAUGCUGUUGCAAAAAUCCGUACACCGAAAGUGACGCCUGGAAAACACUGUCUUCAGUUUUGGUAUCACAUGUAUGGAAAAGAUAUGGGGACUCUAAAAGUAAAUAUAGUUACUGAUGGUCAGAAAACUGUAAAUAUUGUUGACAUAAGUGGAAACAAAGGCAACGUGUGGCUGCAGAGUAAAACUGCUUUUACUGCCACAGAGAAUACACAGGUGGAAUUUGAAAGCAUAACUGGGGAUCUUUACAGAAGUGAUAUGGCCAUUGAUGAUGUCAUAGUGCAAGACGGAACCUGUUGAUUGUGUACCUACUUGUUGGUUAUUACAUAAUAUAUAUAUAUAUAUGCACGCACACACACACACACACACAUACAUAUAUAUAUAUAUAUAUAUA